UGGCUGUUGCUGCCGAAGUGGCUGUAGCGGCAGCAGCAGCAGCAGCAGCCUCCGGUGGCGGCUUCGCGGCCCCGUCGGUGGCUGUGGGGCGGGAGGUGGCGUAAAAUGGCGUCGCUGCGGGAAGGGGGCAGGUAUGGCGUAUCCUGCGGUAGAGUCACGCAGGACAAUAUCACGGUGCUGCAUGUCAAGCUGACCGAGACCGCCUUUCGAGCACUGGAGAACUACCAGGGGAGCAAGAAUUUAAUUCCUUCUCGACCUUCAAUACAAUUUCAAGGGCUCCAAGGGCUUGUAAAGAUUCCCAAAACUGAUGUCCCAAAUGAAGUCCAUACCUUUGAUUUCUACCUGUCAAAUGUUGGCAAAGAUAAUCCUCAGGGAAGCUUUGAUUGUGUCCAGCAAACUGUUUCAAGUACUGGAUCAUCACAGCUCAGUUGCCUGGGAUUUAUACAGGAUAAAAUUACUGUAUGUGCAACAAAUGAUUCUUACCAAAUGACCAGAGAACGUAUGACCCAGGCAGAAGAAGAGUCUCGUAAUCGAAGUACAAAAGUCAUAAAACCGGGUGGACCAUAUGUAGGUAAAAGAGUACAAAUUCGAAAAGCACCACAAAGUAUUCCAGAUGCAGUUCCUGAAAGGAAAAGGUCUACCCCCAUCAACCCUGCAAAUACAAUACGGAAGACCCAUACGAACAACAGUAUUUCACAGCGGCCUUAUAAGGAUAGAAUAAUUCACUUAUUGGCACUGAAGACCUACAAGAAACCAGAACUUCUUGCCCGCUUAUUAAAAGAUGGAGUUAGUCAAAAAGAUAGGAAUUCCCUUGCUGCUAUUCUUCAGCAGGUAGCCAAUCUGAAUCCAAAAGACAACUCUUACACUUUGAAAGAAUAUGUUUAUAAGGAAGUUCAAAAAGAUUGGCCUGGAUAUAAUGAAAUAGAUAGACAGUCGCUGGAAUUAAUACUUUCUCGAAAACUACAUUCAUCUCAGAAUGCCACCAGCACCAGCCAUCUGGGAUCUCCUUUGAGGACUGUCAAAGAGGUUGCAUCUUCUUCUCCUUCUCAGAAACGGCUUUUGGAUUCUGACUUUAUUGAUCCGUUAAUGAAUAAAAAACCAAGGAUAUCUCAUCUUACCAAUAGAGUUCAACCAACAUUAAGUAGCCAUUUGCCUGUUUCUGGUGAAAAAAGUGCUGAAACUUCUCAACCGCCACCACCUCCUGCAGUUGCUGCAGCACCAACUGCUCCACCAUUUGUUUCAACUUGUCUCCCUGUUUCAAAUCCUCCCCAGACUGCAAGUUCUAACUCCAAUUCCCCAAGCACUCCCGAAGGUCGGGGUACCCAAGACCUGCCUGUUGACACCUUAAGCCAGAAUGGCAAUAUUUAUGAGGACCAGCAUCAAAAAUACACUUCCAGGACUCCACUGGAAAUCCCAGCACCUUCUGAAAGUCUGUCAGUGUGCCCAAAGUCUACAGAUGAAAAACAUUCAUCACUAUACAAAAAGUCCAAAAAGAAAUCAAAGAAGCAUAAGGAGAAGGACCAAAUAAAAGACCAUAACACUGGGAAUGAAGACAAGAAAAUGAGAAACUGUGAAAGCCACGAAAUUACCAAACUGAAGAAUUCCAGCCAGAAAAUGAGUGAAGGUGUUAAAAAGACAUGUACUGCCACUACAGAUCCUUUGUCAACAAGUGAACUACGAGACUACUUUGUCAAAUACAUAGCGAUUGUCUCAUAUGAGCAACGUCAAAGUUACAAGGAUGAUUUUAAUGCAGAAUAUGACGAGUACAGAACUUUGCAUGCCAGGAUGGAGAGUGUAACUCGGAGAUUUAUGAAACUAGAUGCACAGCGUAAACUACUCUCUCCGGGAACUAAGGAAUAUCAGGUCCUUCAUGAGGAAGUCUUACAAGAAUAUCGGAAGAUUAAACAGUCUAGUCCCAACUACCAUGAAGAAAAGUACAGAUGUGAAUAUCUUCAUAACAAGUUGGCUCAUAUCAAAAGACUUAUAGGAGAAUUUGACCAACAACAAGCAGGGUCAUGGCACUAGGGCUCUGGACCAGAAGAUGUGAAUAAACUAAAGAUUAUUUAUUUAAAAUUCCAUACAGCUUAUUCUAAGAUUUAAAAAUAAGUGAACAUUCUCUAAGGCAGGAGCAUUAGCAGUCUGAAUUUGCUAUUUUGUUGUUGGUGAGGAUGUUGCUUCUCUGCAUAGUUGAAGCUGCUUUUCUCUGGUCCCCUUUUCCUUAAUUCUUACUUGUUUAUCCAUGGAAAUCAUUUUACCAUUGGGUAAUGGGGAUCCAGACUCUAUAGUUCUGAGAUUGUACACAGUUUUCAAAUGAAAAAUUGUAGUUUAAAAAAAAAGCUUUUCAAUAACUACAGGUCUAUUUUCUGAAUUGUUUUCUUCUGAAUGCAAAACUAUUUGCCUUAAGUGGUACAGCGUUUUAAAAUUUGCACAAAAUAAAACAAAAAUGAUACAUUGUUCGGGGAGGGUUAAAAGGUGGUAUAUAACUUUUAUAUAUAUAUCUAUAUAUAUACACCUAUCAACAAGAAACACUUAUUCCUGUGAUUUCAACCCCCACUACAGUGGUUGCCUUACGGUGUUUUCUUAUGUACCUAAAAUAUACUUAAUUAAUUUUACCAUAAGUACACUGCUUCCCUUUGUGUAAAAUGGGGAGCAUUCUGUGGCCUACUGUGUGUGUGUGCGUGUGUGUGUGUGUGUGUGUGUGUGUGAGAGAGAGAGAGAGAGAGAGAGAGAGAGAGAGACCGAGAGAGAGGAAAGAGAGUUGCAUGCAUACACAAUAUGGGGGCUGGAAUGGUACAUAGGCCAAAUGUUCAGGUUGAUGUAACUAACAAGUGUUAGUACAGGACAAAUUUGUCAGCUUUCUUACCAGAGAUGAAUUGAUACUCUAAAAAUAAUUCUAUAGUUUGGAGCAAAAUUAUAAAAUUAAACAUGUAGGUGGCCUAUUUAUAUACUGCUAUAAAAGUAUUUUUGAAGAGAAAUAUGCAAUGAAGCUAUUGCCUACAUAAAAUGUAUAUUUAAAGAUUUUUUUUCCUGAGGAUCAGGAUAUAACAAAGAUGUAUUUAACUACAAAAUACUGUGAUCAUCAAACAGCACAAACUUUCAUUUCAUGGUGUUAAUUGGUUUAAUUUAAUUAAACCAUUUUAUCAUGUGGGAACAUAAGUUAUUUGGUCAAAACUUAGACUUAUAUUUGUCUUUUCUUUUUGUCUUAAUAUAUUUCUUUCAAAGUGCUGCCAAUUGAAAAGGGAAGCAUUAUGUUUACAAAUCUAAUUUUUUUUAAUGUUUGCCAAAAAUUUUGGUAGUAUCUUUAAUAAACUUGUCUUCAGCAUCAA